AGAUGGGACAAAAAAAAAAUCGCGCCGAGUACCAGAGCGACGCUACGCGGCGUGACUUCUCCCGAAACCUCCACAUACCCAAACCCACCGACCGCCGCCUAGGCUUCCACCUCUCCCGCUCAAACUCCGGCCACUGAGGUCGAACCCGAGCCCGCGCCGCAGCGGCACGAUGGUGAACGACGCCGCGGCGAUGGCCGUCGUGAGGGCGGCGCGCCCAGCCCUCCGUGGCGCCCACGAUGGCGUCGCCUUCGCCGCCCACGCCGCCUUCCUCGCCGAUGGGUACUCGCUCUGCGCCGUCGGCCCUGCCGCGCUCGCCGACCCCUCGCCCUUAGGUGAUGAGGAGGUGGGGAUUGAUGGUUGGAACAUCAUGGAGAAUUGUUACGCCUUUUUGUAUAGCAAGGAGGAGAAGGGCAAGAAGAAAAGGGUACUAGUGAAAUGUCUGGUGAUCGGUGAAGUACUUGCAAUUGAUGUCUUGGAUCUUGAGGCACAAGAUAAGGCGCCUUAUAAUAUCCAGAUUAAUGUGAAAGACUUCUUUGUCGAAGAGCAGCCAAAGAAUUAUGGGGAUAUGUACAAGAAUUUUACAAGUCUCAUUGAGACUGUGAACUCAAAUGUGUUGUGCAAAUUGGAUGGAGACGGUUCCGGUGCUGAGGCUGCUAAGAGCACUGCCGCCGCUGCUGCUAAGAACUCUGAUGGGAGAAGUUCACCAAUACAGAGCUCUGGAGAUCCAGGUCCUAGAACUGCUGACCCUUCCGGCCUAAUUUAUCCUCCAAUAGCACCGAUUGGUUCUGAUGAUCUCUACCCUGGGCCUGGUGCAGGCUUCUACCCUCACAGUGGCAUUGGGAGCGGUGGCAGCAUGCAUGUUGGUCCUAAUGAUCCGCGCUUCUUUCCUUCUAAUCCCUUCUCUGCCCCAUUUGGUGGGCUUGGGAGUGUUCCACCAGGUAGUCGCUAUGAUCCAAUUGGCCCACCUGACGUCCCAGGGUUUGAGCCAUCUAGCUUUGUUAGGCGUCCAAGGCGGCCUCCAGGCGGGAGCACCCACCCCGACCUCGAGUUCUUCCAGCAAGGCCCAGACUUCUGAGAGUCGCGCAGAGGCCGGCCGGAGCCUCGCCCUACCCUCACGAAAUAACUUCAAAAUGCUGAGCCCUCGAGCUAGAUAUCUCGCUUGGUGUGAUUGCAACUGCUGUAUCAAGUAUAGUCCUAGUGCGCUUUGGCUGUAAAGAUGGAUGUGAACAUCGUCCUAGUGUAUUUACUCUUAAUUCCAAACCAUCGCCUGUCAUAGCCUAAUAUACUCUUUUGUGU